AUGAGAUAGGAUUGAUAAUUUUUAUUCGUAUUUCACACACACGUAGAAAAAAGAAGAGCCAUCACUAAAAACUACAUGAUUACUUGCCGCCGGUCUGUAGGUCAAUGGGUGUUUUUGUGUGUCGCGACAACAUCAAUCUCAUCACGAAUCAUCGACGAUCAAUGGGACAGCGGCAAGCAAAGCAACACAUGCAGGCUGGCGUCAAACUUUAUCAUCAACGACAUUACGCACAGGCUAUCAAUAAAUGGAGACAGUCUCUGAACAGGUUAAACAAUGCAGAAGACCGGUUUAUCACUCUCGGAUACCUUGCUCAAGCUCUUUGCGACCAGGGAGAAUACGAAGGAAUGCUUUCAUAUGCUCUAUCACAAAUGCAGUUGGCAACCGAUCAAAACGAUUCAGCAAUGAAAUGCGAGGCAUUUUUGAAUCUAGCAAAAGCCUAUGAACGAUUAGCAGAUUUCACGAAAGCCCUCCAGUAUGGCAAAGCAUCGUUAGAACAUCCUUCGAUGGAUCCCAGGACGCCUGGUUAUGCACAUUUAACAAUAGCACUUGCACACUUAGGAAUGUCCCAGUUCCAACAGUGUCUGGAAAGUUUCGAGUCAGCAAUGAAUGUUGCCAAUGAGACAUCGGAUAGGUUACUCGAAUUGCAAAUUUGUGUUGGUCUAGGAUCUCUUUUUACUCUUUUGAGAGAUAUCACUAAAGCUCUGAUAUUUCUUCGAAAUGCUCUCGCAAUUGUUCAAUCUGUUACUGUUGAUGAUGUUCAUGCAAAGUAUCGUUGUUUGAUACUUUAUCAUUUAUCAGUUGCUCUAAGGAUGAAAGGAAGUCUGGUUGAUGCCAAGGAAGCAUGCGAUGAAGCUUCCCAGCUAGCUGUUGAGAUGGGUAAUCGAGCGAUCCAUGCAAGAUGUAUGUGCAGUUUAGCAGAUAUUUAUAGAGAAUUGGGAGAGAGUGAAGCCAAAGAGACUAUCACUAAAUCCUGGGCAAGAUACGAAGAUGCUUAUCGUGUAAUGCGCGGAGCAAAUGAUAAAAUGGGCGAAGUAUUAGUGCUCUCGUCAAUGGCAAAAAGUGCAUCUGAAAGUCGAUCUCAUUACACUGGACAAUGUGAAUGUCAAGCUAUUCAAUUGAAUAAAAAGUGUAUUGAAAUUGCAAAUCAGAUAGGGUGCAAGCACGUUGUCUUAAAGUGCCAUCUCCGACUAGCCGAACUAUAUUCUCAACUGAAUGAUGACGAUUCUGAGGAAACUGCUCGAAGAGCUGCGUCUCGGUUAACACAAGAAAUGCAAUUGUUUUGUAACUUCUGCGGUCAAAGAUAUGGAUUGAAGGAUGAGAGUCUUCAAGCUCUUAGGUGUUCGCAUAUUUUCCAUGAAAAAUGCUUACACACGUAUCUCCUACAAAGAACAGAUCAAACCUGCCCGAAAUGUAGAUGCAGAGCUGUUUUAUCGGACAAUAUCUCGAUACGAAGUUCUAUUGCUUCAACAAUUGAUGUUCAGAGUCCUAGCACGUCUUUCGCCCCACCGGGAGGUGUUGCCACUCCACUUGUCUCAGCAGCUGCCGAACUUGGAGAUAUCACACCACAAGCCACAUUAACACGACGUUCACAACAGGACAAGAUUCUUCGUGGCGCCGAGAAAGAUAUUGAUCGAGUUGAUCGAAGUCUUGCUAGGCUAAAAUCACAACAAUCUGCAGCGGCGAAUGCAUGUUCAGCAGUUGCAGUUCCGUCACCUGAAGUACCUUCAACAACGGCUUCUUGUGCUUCCGAACCGAUUCUUACUGCAUCGACGACAUCGCAGUCACACACGCAUUCGAAUGCAAAUCAUAAACCACCACCACCUCCACGGAAACCUUGUUGCUCACAGGCAGCCCUACCUCCAUCAUCAAUAGUAGCUCUUCCUCCAGCAAUGCCACUAGCAGAAGAUGGUCCUCUUGUGAUAACUCACACGCCUACAGUAACAGAUGUUUGAAGCCUCAAUACAAACUGCAAUCAUCCCCUCGAAAUCCCUUGUUUUGUGAUAUCAUUUAUCGUUUUUUUUUAAAUAGGAAUCUUCAAAAUUUUGAAUUUCUAGUCUUCUACAUUGUCACCCACCAGUUUCUUUCCUGCUCAUGUUCACUUUUCAAUCUUUUUUUUCAAUUAAUCUUUUAGAAGUUAUUCUUAUUUUUAUUUUUGAUCUCAAUUCAUAUGUUUCAAAGUUUUAAUUCUUUCCAUAAAAAUUUGUUUCAAUUUUUG